CAAGUGGAGGAAGCAGAGGUGGAAACUUCGACCUCCGCCUCAUCUCCUGUGUGCUUAUCAGUAGCGGGUGGUGGUAUUCGUCCUCUUGUGUGGUUACUUUACAACUUACCGACGCUUCACUAUAUCUUCACCUCAUAACUACCACUUUUAUUUCACUCUUUUCUCUCUUUCCUAUCUCCUGAAGAUACCAUUUUGCACGGCAACAAUCCAGCUGUUGUGUAGUGAUUCAGUGGUUUUUUAAACCGUGGACGAAUCACAUGAAUUUUGCGUCUGGGUUGUGUCCCUUGUGUAUGCUCUUUUCCUCUCUACUUUGAAGAAGAGAUUUGAGCUCUGUAACAUAGGAGGACAGGAGGUUGGAGGUUGGAGGUUUGAGAGAUCUGGGGGUUUUGGUCUUCUGGUGAGAAAUGGGAAGCUCUGAGGAGAGGGUAGUUGCUGUUAUCAUGGUGGGUGGACCAACUAAAGGUACCAGAUUCCGGCCAUUGUCGUUGAAUACUCCAAAGCCACUUUUCCCUUUGGCAGGACAGCCCAUGGUUCAUCAUCCAAUUUCUGGUUGUAAAAGGAUUCCAAACUUAGCACAGAUCUAUCUUGUUGGUUUCUACGAGGAGCGCGAAUUCGCACUAUAUGUCUCCUCAAUCUCCAGUGAGCUUAGAGUUCCAGUCAGAUAUUUGAAGGAAGACAAACCUCAUGGGUCGGCUGGUGGGCUUUAUAACUUCAGAGAUCUGAUCAUGGAAGACAACCCGUCGCAUAUCGUCUUGCUGAACUGUGAUGUCUGCUGCAGUUUCCCCCUCCCGGAAAUGCUAGAGGCACACAUAAGAUAUGGUGGGAUGGGGACCAUCCUAGUUAUCAAGGUUUCUGCUGAGUUAGCCAGCCAGUUUGGGGAGUUGGUAGCUGAUCCAGUCACCAAUGAACUCUUGCAUUACACAGAGAAACCUGAAACUUUUGUAAGUGACCGGAUAAAUUGUGGUGUUUACAUAUUCACACCAGAUAUUUUUACCGCUAUACAGGGUGUUUCCACCCAACGGAAGGAACGAGCUGAUCUCAGACGUUUAUCCAGUUUUGAAGCUCUCCAAUCUGCAACAAGGAGUCUUCCUAAGGAUUUUGUCAGAUUGGAUCAAGAUAUCCUGUCGCCUCUCGCAGGCAAGAAGCAGUUAUAUACAUAUGAGACCAUGGGCUUUUGGGAACAGAUCAAAACUCCAGGAAUGUCUUUGAAAUGUUCUGCUCUGUAUCUUUCCCAAUACCAGUUCACCUUUCCCAAUCUUUUGGCAAGUGGGGAUGGUACAAAGAGUGCCACCAUUAUUGGUAAUGUUUAUAUUCAUCCAUCUGCAAAAGUACACCCAACUGCAAAGAUUGGUCCUAAUGUCUCAAUUUCUGCAAAUGCUCGCAUUGGAGCAGGUGUAAGGCUCAUAAGUUGUAUCAUUCUUGAUGAUGUUGAAAUCAAGGAAAAUGCAGUCGUUAUUCAUGCAAUUGUCGGAUGGAAAUCUUCAGUAGGGAAAUGGUCCCGUGUUCAGGCUGGAGGAGAUUUCAAUGCAAAACUCGGGAUUACAAUCCUUGGUGAAGCAGUUGCAGUAGAAGAUGAAGUUGUGGUGGUUAAUAGCAUUGUCCUCCCCAACAAGACUCUCAAUGUUAGUGUUCAGGAGGAAAUAAUUCUAUAAUAGAUCGAGGCAGCCUCGAUUCCCUUUCGUUUAUGAGGAAAUAAUUCUGCAAUAGAAGCAGCUUUCUCUCUCUCUCUCUCUCUCUCUCUCUCUCUCUCCAUCAUUCGUAAAUUAACUUUUCUAAGUACAAAAUAAAAGAAAUUCAAUUUCUUCAAUUCUGCCAUAUAGCAUUGUAGAUGUGGAUGAAUGAUGAAUCUACUAUUCUGCCAUACAGCAUGGCAUUUAUAAAACCCU